CUCCCUUCCGUUCCAAAACCAGCACCGGCUCUCAUUACCAUUAGAUCGAUCAGCCUUCACCCCUUUCCAAUCCCCACAAAACACACACCAAAGACCUCAUCAGCACCGUCCAUUUACUGCAAUGGCCUCCCCCAACACUCCGUUCCGCUCCAUUCGGGCCCUCCGGCCCCCGACCCUCCCUGUCCCGGCCGACGGCAUCAACCCCAUCGCCGUCUCCGGCACCUCCUACGUCCCCAAUCCACCUCACUGGAAGAAGGCCGCCGAGGCCCUCGACUGCGCCCACUUUGACGAGGUCCACCGGAUGAUCUCCCAAUUCUCCUCCCUCUCCUCCGUCAAGAUUGAAGGCACCACCCUCACAGUCGCCGCGGUCGCCGCCAUCGCCCGCCGCGCCGCGGUCUCUGUCGAGCUCGAUGCGGCAUCCGCGCAGUCCCGCGUCGAUCGCAGCGCCGCCUGGGUCGCCGAAAAUAUCGAACGUGGCACCGACACGUACGGCGUAACCACCGGCUUCGGCGCCACCUCCCAUCGCCGCACCAAAAAGACCGCCGACCUCCAGACUGAGCUCAUCCGGUUCCUCAACGCCGGUGUCAUCGGCACCGAGCCCCUCCCGUCGAGCUACGCCAAGGCGGCGAUGCUCGUCCGGACCAACACCCUCCUGCAGGGCUACUCCGGCAUCCGGUGGGAGCUCCUGGAAACCAUCGCCAAGCUCAUGAACCACAAUCUCAUCCCAAGACUCCCGCUCCGUGGCACCAUCACCGCCUCCGGCGACCUCGUCCCCUUAUCCUACAUCGCUGGCGUACUCACCGGGAGGCACAACUCACGUGUCAUCACCCCUGAAGGUGACGAGAUCGCAGCCACCGAAGCGCUGAAGCGUGUCGACAUCAAUCGACCAUUCGAUCUCCAGGCGAAGGAGGGGCUUGCUCUCGUCAACGGCACCGCCGUGGGGGCGGCGGUGGCGGCGACGGUGUGCUAUGACGCCAACAUUUUGGCCGUACUGUCGGUAAUCUUGUCGGCCAUGUUCUGCGAGGCAAUGCAAGGGAAGCCAGAAUUCACCGACCCGCUGACCCACGAGCUGAAGCACCACCCGGGCCAGAUCGAGUCGGCGGCCAUCAUGGAGUACCUCCUGGACGGCAGCGACUACAUGAAGGAGGCCCAGCUCCGGCACGAGAGGGAACCAUUAACGAAACCAAAGCAAGACCGCUACGCUCUCCGGACCUCCCCCCAGUGGCUUGGGCCGCAGAUCGAAGUAAUCCGAAUGGCGACCCACUCGAUCGAGCGGGAGAUCAACUCCGUCAACGACAACCCCUUGAUCGACGUCGCCCGCGGCAUCGCCCUCCACGGCGGCAACUUCCAGGGGACGCCCAUCGGCGUCUCCAUGGAUAACCUCCGAAUCGCACUGGCGGCGAUCGGGAAGCUCGUCUUCGCUCAGUUCUCGGAGCUCGUCUGCGACUACUACAACGACGGGCUGCCCUCCAACCUGAGCGCCGGCGCGGACCCGAGUCUCGACUAUGGGCUCAAGGGGGCGGAGAUCGCCAUGGCGGCGUACUGCUCUGAGCUCCAGUACUUGGCCAACCCGGUCACCACCCACGUCCAGAGCGCCGAGCAGCACAACCAGGACGUGAACUCCUUGGGUCUCAUUUCAGCUAGAAAGAGCGCGGAAGCUGUCGAGAUCUUGAAGCUGAUGAUUGCCACCUAUAUGGUAGCUCUCUGCCAGGCCAUAGAUUUGAGGCAGUUGGAAGAGAACUUGAAAGAGGUGGUGAAGCACUCGGUGAUGCAAGCUGCGAGGAAAGCACUGUUCGUGGCCGAGGACGGGAGUUUAUUGGAGACGAGGUUCUGCGAGAAGGAUUUGAUCCAAGUGGUGGAGAAGCAGCCGGUGUUCUCUUACAUUGAUGACCCUGGGAACCCGGCGUAUGCUCUGAUGCUGCAACUGAGGGAGGUGUUGGUGGAGAAGGCGCUGGAGGGGAGUGAAGCGGGGAUGGCGAUGUUUAAGAGAAUACCGGAGUUUCAGGAGGAGUUGAGGCAGAGGCUGAGGGAGGAAGUGGGGAAGGCGAGGGAGAGGUUUGGGAAGGGGGAUUUCAUGGUGGGGAACAGGAUAAAAAAGUGCAGGACUUGUCCGGUGUAUAGGUUUGUGAGAGAGGAGCUGGGGACGGAGUUGCUAACAGGGGAGAAGAAGGUCAGUCCUGGUGAGUAUAUUGAGAAGGUUUACCAGGCAAUCGGGGAGGGGAAGGUGGGGAGUGUGGUGGUGGAGUGUGUGGAAGGGUGGAGGGGAUCGGCGGGGCCAUUCACACCGAGGCCGGAGGUGUCGUCGCCGGUGCAUAAGAAGCCAGAGUAUUGGGGCUGGUUCGAGCAGGGACGCUCGCCGUCGGCGACCAGUGGAAGGGGGUACUGGAACCUCUAAAAGAGGAGAGGGGGAGGAGAAUUGGGGUGUUCGGUCUUUUGAAUUUAAAACAAGAUUUAGAUUGGCUGUUUUUAUUUUUGUUUCUCUAAUCUGUAACAAGCCUUGGAUUGGCUUAGAUCUUAUUGAUGUCUGAACUUCGUAUUUGUGAUAUGUGAUUUUAUGAACCGUGUCAUUCCCUCCAA